AAAGAAGUUUCACUAUGUUUGGUGUUACUAAUAUAAUGAUGAGAAGUUAUGACCUGCCGUGGUUUACUUAAUUUGUAAAAAAAAACUAUUUUUUAUGAUAAUUUUGAAGAUUGUGAUGUACCAAUAAUAAUGGAGAAGCUUGAGUUUUGGUGACUGGACAAAGAGAAAUGAAGUUUAACAUUGAAUGGUUUUAGAAGUUUUAACAGAAAAAGUUAACAAGUAAAAGUUAAACAAGUAAACAAAAUAUAAGUAAGAUACUUAAGUUGUAAGCAAGUUAUCCAGAUUUAAUUGCCCUAUAAAUUGUGAAAAAAUUUUGUGACAAUGGUUCAAAAAUACCAAUCACCUGUGCGAGUCUACAAGUAUCCAUUUGAACUUGUGAUGGCCGCAUAUGAAAGGAGAUUUCCAACAUGUAAGAUGAUUCCAGUAUUUGUUGGCAGUGAGAUUCUCGCAGAGUUUAAUAGUGAAGAUGGUGGAGUGACCAUCAUUGAACGACGAUGUAAACUGAAUGUUGAUGCUCCUUAUCUUCUGAAGAAGAUUGCUGGAGUUGAGUUUGUCUACUUCAUUCAGAAGAAUUCUCUAGAUCGUCGCAAACGCAUUUUGAAGAUUGAAGCUCACAAUGAAAGUUUUGCUUCUAGAAUUGGUAUUGUGGAAAGGUGUGCAUACACGGUUCAUCCUGAAAACACUGAUUGGACGUGUUUUGAACAAAGUGCUAGUCUUGAUGUUAAAUCUUUCUUUGGUUUUGAAAAUGCAGUUGAGAAAGUUGCCAUGAAACAGUAUUCACAGAAUAUCAAGAAGGGAAAGGAAGUGAUUGAGUUUUAUAUCAACGAACUUCUGAGUGAAGGGAUAACUCACAUUCCUUUGUUUGAAGAAAGAAAGAAGCUUCCAGAAAUCAAAGUGACAGAAGGAGAUAAGCUUCUUGAAGCUACAGGACAGCCACCACCGGAAUCUACUCAAGUUGAUGUCAACUUGAAGUUGGAAUCGGAGUACAUUGAACGACGACUUGGAAAGCUCACACCUUAUCAGGAAUCUUGUUUAGUAAGAUUGAAGAAGUGGAUGGCUGAAGCUCACCAGGGCAAGGUACCAAGUGAUCAGACCCUAGUUCGUUUCCUGCAAGCUCAAGACUACAAUUUGGAGAAAGCUAGAGAAAAUCUUUGUCAGUCCCUGGUAUGGAGGAAGAAAUAUCAGGUGGACAAAAUCCUGAACUCUUACAACCUUCCCGAAGUUGUGACACGGUACUUCCCUGGUGGAUGGCAUAAACAUGACAGAUCUGGUCGACCUUUGUACAUACUCCGUCUAGGACAGAUGGAUGUGAAGGGUUUUAUAAAGUCUAUAGGAGAAGAAGGUCUUGUAAAAUUGACAUUACAUGUGUGUGAAGAAGGAUUAAAGAAAACUGAAGACACUGCUACAAAGAAAGGCAAACCUAUAUAUUCGUGGACCUGCCUCCUAGACUUGGAAGGACUGAACAUGCGACACCUGUGGCGACCUGGAGUGAAGGCUCUUCUUCAUAUCAUCGAAAUGGUAGAAACCAAUUAUCCUGAAACCAUGGGUCUUGUCCUUAUUGUUCGAGCUCCUCGGGUCUUCCCAAUCCUGUGGACUUUGGUGAGCACCUUCAUCAGUGAUAACACGAGGUCAAAGUUCAUAUUUUAUGGGGGAAAUGAUUACCAAGGAUCUAAUGGCCUGCAGCAGAUCAUAGACAAGGAAUGCCUGCCAGAUUUUCUAGGAGGGGAUUCUCAGGCUAAUAUAUGUGAAGGAGGACUAGUGCCUAAAUCAUACUACAUGUCAGAGGAAGAAUAUGAAAGAGAACGUUUACAAGGCAAUCGUCUCUUCGAUGAUUCCAUGUAUCACUCAGUCAGCCUCGGGAAGGGACAAGUACAUGAGUGGACAUGGUACAUCUUAGUUGAACCUUUUCUCAUAUGUCAUGAUGGGGAGAGUGUUCAGGGCACUCAUGUGGCUAGUUUGGAAGGCACUUAUGUGUUACAGUGGCGACACCUAGACACUCAACAUCAUCAUCAUUCCUUUGACUUCCCCUUGCAUCAACAUAAAGCCAAGGUUAUGUACUACUAUGAACUACUUAAAUCACGGGACUACAAGGGGUCAAUGUCAAGUCUUCAAUCUUCCCAUAGUGCUGCGACCUUUAAUUCUGCAAGUGAACAGUCGGCUGUUAGCAACAGCACACCGAGAUGACAUUGAACUGUGUACUACAAAAGACCUUAUGUAAAUUAUGUAGGGUAGUUUAAAAUCUGCAGCACUAAUUGUGAAAGGUGUUGAACAGAAGUAAAAAAAAAACAAACUAGAACAUCUUAAAUAGUUAACUUGGAGGUGAAAAAAAUAGGUUUUAACUCCCUUCUCUCAGUUUUCCUCAAAGUAUAUUUAUGAUACUUUUUUUCUUCUUAGUGUUAAUGUGAAUGAGUUUUAGGGUGUAGGUGAUAAGAUGUUUCUAGUUUUGUCUAUUAAGCUAACUCUUAAAAAAAAGUUUGUUUAAUUGAGUAAAGACAAACAUGUGCUGUUUUGUCUUAAUUUAUUUGUGUUUACCAUGGUAUUUGUGCUCUUUUUUAGACUUUAUUUGUUCACUGGUGUAGUUUAUAUAACAAAUAACUUAUGAUCUGAAGGUGCUCACAUAUGGAGAAGAAAAUGCGAGAAAAUCUGUUAUAGCUUUAGCUGUUGUUUAUUAACUUAGACCUUCAGUUUUUAAGUGUUUUUUUUGGGUGUCUAGGGUUUUAGGAUUUAGUCAAAGGAAAUAUUGUUUCUAAUUUUUUUAAAGUACAUUUUGGGCUAUGGAGGCUUAAAAAUAUUACAGAAUAUUCCAAUAUUUAUCAGAAGUCAGAUAAAAUGUUAAGAAAUACAUUAAUUAUUUGUUUAUUUAUGUUAUUUUCAAUUGUGUAUAAAAAAAACAUUCCUUCAAAUUUCCUCCACUCAUUUAGUUAGUAGCAAAUAGUAACUAGGCUUUGCAGAGAUAUUGUAAAUGCUCUUUUCCGCUUAUGUUAAAAAAAUCUUUAAAAGAGUGAAGGAAUUAUAAAUAUAAACAAAAUACCUGGCAAAAAGAACUUUCAGAGUGACUGAUGCUAGCCAUUUUUUAUCAAGGGUAGAGAAACUAAUGGCAGGUAAAAACUGAGCAGUGAGGGAACACCAAAGCAUGUUAAUGCAAUAAAUAUUACUUGCUCUUUUUUCAAUCUAAAUUGAAAUGUUAAGCCUAACCAGCCAUGUUUACUCAGAACUUGGAAUAUCUUAAUUUUAGCACUAAAAGUUUAAUGGAAAUUGUACAGCUGGUGGAAAUAAUAUGUGGCAAGAUGCUCAGAAAAGUGUAGGUAGUACUUUAUUUUUAGAUUCUUUUAACAAUGAGGUUAUUAUAGAAACUUUGUUGGCUACUGUCUUUAUUUUCAGUGAAAGAGUUAAAAGUGUUAUAAUAAUGCUAGAACUGUAGUCAAUCCUCUGAAUAUAAAAACUUAUUUAAGUUGGUCAGAUUAGCCCAGAUUAUACGAUACUUGUAUUCUUCAGGUGCUGGAAAGAAUAGGUUACUGAAGCCUUUAGACAUCAUUCCUACUCAACAAAUUCUUAUUAAAACAGGCCUCGACAAAUAUUUUCAGAUUUAGGAGCUAGCUCGAAAAUUCAGGAGCCAGGUGUGCCUAAUCUAACUUUACUAAUGUUUGUACCGGGAAAUGGAGGCUAUAUAUAUUUAUUUAUUUUCACAGCAACAAGUGCCUGCUAACGAUCACAUGAUAUUAAUAACAACUUGAUAGUAUUGCCUUUGGUCCUGUCUGAGUCUAAACACGAGCAUUGAUUGGUUGAAUUGAGAGAAAGAAGAAAAACAAAUUGGCGCUAAACUAGAAACGUGUUGUACAACCGCAAAGCUUCAUUCCUGAAAAACAUGAAGUGCUGAAUCCACCAUUAAAAUCCUAAAACAAAGUUUGAUUUAAGACUCAAAGAACGGGAAAAUAGUUCCAGACUUCCAAGAGUCCAGAAAUGUUCUAGAUUCAAAUUCUAUUUAGCACAGCCCUAUGCACGAAUCAAAUGGGAGAAAAUAUUUGGUGGCACGAUGAAAUUUUUAAUCGGCAUGGCGACCUGGCACCAUGGAUUUGUCGAGGCCUGUAUUAGAAUAUACCAGUAUUGAAGCACAGUGUAUGACCAGGCAAGGCACCCAGAGUUUUGACCUACAGGAAUGUAUCCAGUAGUAAAAACAUGUUUAACUAGUGUUCAUACUGUCGGAGUGUAGGGUGCUGAACUAUACUUUUUACAGUGAAAUAACAUUACCAAAAGUUUCAAAUAGGAAAUAUAUUUGCUAAUGAGCUAGUGUAAUUAAGAAAUUCUCCAUCUCUAAACUUAACUUACUGUAUGGUUCUCAUUUGAGUUUUUAGGAUAUUUGGUAUAUUUUGCUUUGCGGGGUGGGCUUUUCUCAGGCUGUUGAUAUAUGUGGAAUCAGUUAUAAGGUUUCAUCAUUAUUGUAGUUAUAAGGAAUAUAUUUUAUUUUUCUACAAUUGUCAAGAAAAACCUAAAUUUUUUGUAGAAAAUAUUAAAAACUAAAUUUAAAUUGUUUUUAAUCAAUUUAAAUUCUGCAUCAAGGAUAUACUACAUGAAAGUUUCAGGUUUCCUUCUCUCCUCGGUCAUAAAAAAAGUCUUUGGUGGGUGUUCAUUAUUGACUUGUGAUUGUAGAAUAUCAUCUAUAUUUUUUAGACAUUCUCUCUUCAGAAGAGGCAAUAGUAUUUUAGUGAAUUUCAUAGUGCUGAAGUGAAACAAAAGCUGAGACAGAUGUAGCUACACAUACUCGUCCGUUAUUUAUUUGUGGUGGAACUAAUUGUGAUCACACAUUUCACUGACAGGUUUUACUGAAUUACUGUGAACAACAAUAAAUUCAUCUACAUUUCUUUAGGUCAGGUCCUAAUAGUAUUUCAGUCGUGAUGUUAGGGAAACACAUUGGUUAGAAAAAAAUCAAGUAGACAAAAAUAAAGAACUAUAACUUGACAAUGUUUGAAAGGUAGACCUUUAUUUAUUUAUCAGGAGCAAACUGGAAAUUUCAUUCAGUAGCCACGUGAAGGAUUUUGGAAUUUUGUUUGUAGAAUUUGUUUCUGAUAGUAUUAGGUAGUUUUUUUGUUAUAAGCCAUAAGGCACAGGAUUGUAUAAUGUAUUGACGACCUAGUUAUUCCUCUUUUGUGUCCAAGAAGUUUAAACUUUUACUGUACUGGACUGGAUAAGAAGUUCUCAUCUAUAUCAAAAGGAGGCUUAGUAAAGUAUUCUUGAGCUUGUCUUUGUUUUAACAGAUAAUAUUAUCACUUGGAAUUACAUUCAUGAUAAGAUAUGGAAGGAAUAUUUCAUUUUGUUGUUAAGUUAAUAUUGAGAAAAACAAAGCUACUUACGUAUAUUCUUCUCUUGUUGACACUUGUUUAACGGAUGUGUAUCUAAUAUCAUAUGUUGAAAAUUAUUUUAAAAACUAUCCUUACAUGUUUCAAAGUUAGCUUAGUAUAAAAAUCAUAAUGUAAUCGCUUGGCAUCCUGAAAUUAAUACUUCACAUUGUAAACUAGCAUUUACAUUGGAGCAUUGUUGAAGUAUUGGGCUGACAUAUGGAUAGCUUAUUUUAUCUUGUAGCUACAUCAGUGAUACUCCUUUACAGCAUUGUUGAAGUAUUGGGCUGACAUGUAGGUACAUCAGUGAUACUCCUUUACAGCAUUGUUGAAGUAUUGGGCUGAUAUGUGGCUACAUCACUGAUACUCCUUUAAAUUCAACUAAUCAAUUAUUCUCAUAUAGGAUAGUUGGAAUAGUCAAAAACAGUAAUUAUAAUCAGAAACACUAAUUUGGAUUAUUUGGUUAUUUUCAUAAGUUGGUAUACUAAUCUAUCAAGUUGAACAACCUUGAAUUAAUCAAAAUAUUAAUGAGAAAUAACAAUGGAAAUACUUCAGUUACUUGGAUAGUUGGAGUAAUUGAAAACUGUAAUAAUCAGAAACACUAAUUUUUGAUUAGUUGUUUAUUUUUAAAACAUUAAUCAAUUUAAUCAUAAUCUUGAUUAAUUGAUUAUUUCAAGUGACAUUUACUGAUUGAUGCUCGUAAGUAAUUGAGUUGAUUUUCCUAUUCUGUUUACAAAUUAAUGAACCAGAGUAAAACAAAAGGGGCUAUAAUGAUUUAAAGGUAGGGGUUAUGAAUGUCUACAUUAGAACUUUUAAUUCAUUGACAAACUUAUGAAUUUAAGUUUAAACCCGAUUAAUGUUAUUCUUCUGGCAAGUCUUCGAACAAAAGCUUCUCCUUAUUUUAUUAGAGUUUACUUAAAUAUAAACGAUCAUGAGAAGCAAAAAAAAACCAUUUUUGGAAAUUUUAUAAAAUAUUUCACUUUUUAUUUUUGAUUUAGCUUUCUUUUUGUAUUUUGGGAGCAAAUAGUUUUAAGUAAAUGCAAGACACAUUGUAGAUUGUAACCUUAUGCUAUAACUUUGUUGUAAUUUUUUUUCUCUUCCUUUAAAUAAAAGAACUGUAGCAGUGGUUCCUAACCACCAAGUCUGUUGACUGGUGCUGGUCUACAGGGAGAUUUCAGCCAGUCCACAAGGCAUUGAAGAAAAAUUUUGUACUUUAAAAUACAGCUACUGAAGUAUAUUGUUGUACAAUGUAACCAAAAGUUAACAUUUUGCAAAGCAGUACGUGAACAUUUUAGGAUCGGAACUAAGUUGGGAAAAAGUUGGGAACCACUGAUAUAUAAUACAGUAGUUGUUAUCUUUGAUUCCAAAACAGUGUUUACUAAUUAUAAUACAGGACUAUAAGAUAGUAAUUUCAUUUGAGAACUUGUUGAUAGUUAGUCUCUUACUUGUAUACAGAGACAUCUCAAAAGAAAAUAGACACCAUGAUUUUUUCAAUCGUCAUUGAUCUCACAUUAUCAACUUGAUAAAAAUGUUUACAAAUGUGCAUCAGUACUUAGUCAAUUUGCCACUAGCAUUAUUCAGUGCUUUGACUCGUUCUGGCAUGGAAUCGACGAGUUCUGUAAUUUUCUCCUGUAGAAUCUUGACCCAGGCUGCACGCAAAACAUCAAGUAGCUCUCCACGGGAUGCUGAUUUUCUGGAACUUCUUCUCACUGCUCAAGCAGGUAUGGUCCAGACAUGCUCGAUGCAGUUCAUAUCAGGUGACUGACUUGGCCAUGGGAGCCAUUGGAUGCCUUUCUUAAAUAAAUUACUAUUGAAUAAACAUCAUGAUGUCUAUUUACUUUUGAGAUGUCCGUGUACUUAUCUAAAUGUACUUCAGGACAUUGUGUUUGUGUUCUAAGAUUUGGAUAGCAACAGGAUUCUGAAGAAUGAACUAAACAGAAAAA